UGUUGGUUUCUUCUCCUCUUGCUUAUUGCAUUGCCAUUUGCCCCCCUCUUUUGGUGUCUUUCCCAGUUCCCAGUUUCCCACCUAUGAUAUAACCAUUCUCUCUAAGGACUGCCAUGUGCAUCUUUUAAUCUCUUUUGUUUAUGUACAUGUACACUGUAGAGAAUUUUGAAACUUUCUCUCUAUCUUUCUUUUCUUCUGUUCCAUAAAGCAGUCAGUUUUUGGAAACGGAAGUUUAUGGGUUGAUCAUGCAGAGCAUAACUUAAGAUUGUUCUUGAAAGUUGAAACUUUUGAUCCCUCCCUGGCAAACAAGGAGGAUUUAAACUGAUCACUGGUAGAGUUAAACAUGUCAAGUAGAAGGGGUUCGGAUCACCAACCGCCACUAAGGCGGAUUCAGCGGACCCAGACAGCCGGUAAUCUGGGUGAGUCCAUGUUGGACAGUGAGGUGGUGCCUUCUUCGCUGGUUGAGAUUGCUCCAAUUCUCCGUGUGGCUAACCAAGUGGAGGCUAGCAACCCUAGAGUUGCUUAUCUCUGUCGGUUCUAUGCCUUUGAGAAAGCUCACAGAUUGGAUCCCACAUCUAGUGGGCGUGGUGUUCGCCAAUUUAAAACUGCACUUUUACAACGUUUGGAAAAGGAAAAUGAAAUUACAAUGCAAGGAAGGACAAUGAGUGAUGCUCGAGAAAUGCAGAAAUUUUACCGGGAUUACUAUCAAAAGUAUAUUCAAGCUUUACAGAAUGCAGCUGAUAAAGCUGAUCGUGCCCAACUUACAAAAGCAUAUCAAACUGCUGCUGUCCUCUUCGAGGUUUUGAAGGCUGUCAACCAGACGGAGGCUGUGCCUGAUGAGAUUCUGGAAGCUCACACGAAGGUUGAAGAAAAGACAAAGAUAUAUGUACCUUACAAUAUUCUUCCUCUUGAUCCUGAUAGUCAAAAUCAGGCUAUCAUGAGAUUCCCUGAGAUUCGAGCAACUGUUUCUGCACUUCGAAACACCAGGGGUUUACCGUGGCCAAAGGGCCACAAUAAGAGUUUAAAUGAAGACAUUCUAGAUUGGCUUCAAGCUAUGUUUGGUUUUCAGAAGGAUAAUGUGGCAAAUCAGAGGGAACAUUUGAUUCUGUUGCUUGCAAAUGUGCACAUACGACUGUUUCCAGAGACUGAUCAGCAACCAAAGUUGGAUGACUGUGCUCUAACCGAUGUGAUGAAGAGACUGUUUAAGAACUACAAAAGAUGGUGCAAGUAUUUGGGGCGCAAAAGUAGCCUUUGGUUGCCAACCAUUCAACAGGAAGUGCAGCAAAGAAAAUUACUAUAUAUGGGUCUAUAUCUUCUUAUAUGGGGAGAAGCAGCAAACUUGAGAUUCAUGCCAGAAUGCCUUUGCUAUAUAUAUCAUCACAUGGCAUUUGAACUAUAUGGAAUGUUGGCUGGGAGUGUCAGUCCAAUGACGGGUGAGCACAUAAAACCAGCCUAUGGAGGUGAAGAUGAGGCUUUUUUGAGGAAAGUGGUAAAACCAAUAUAUGAUACAAUAGCAGAGGAAGCCAAAAAGAGUAAAGGAGGAAGGUCAAAACAUUCUCAAUGGAGAAACUAUGAUGAUUUAAAUGAGUACUUUUGGUCGGUUGAUUGUUUUCGAUUAGGUUGGCCCAUGCGUGCUGAUGCCAGUUUCUUUUGCCCUCCUCCAAGGGAGCUUCUAUUUGAUAAAGAUGAGGAGAAGAAACGAGUUAUUGGUGAUAGAUGGACUGGCAAAGUUAAUUUUGUAGAAAUACGAUCAUUUUGGCAUGUGUUCAGAAGUUUUGAUAGAAUGUGGAGCUUUUUUAUUUUGUGUUUACAGGCGAUGAUCAUCAUUGGUUGGAAUGGAUCAGGCAAAUUGAGUUCCAUAUUUGAGGGUGAUGUUUUCAAGAAAGUUCUAAGCAUCUUCAUAACUUCUGCUAUAUUAAAUUUUGCACAAGCUGUGAUUGAUGUAAUUCUGAGCUGGAAGGCAAAGCAGGCCAUGCCAUUUUAUGUCAAACUAAGAUACAUUUUGAAGGUUCUUUCAGCUGCAGCAUGGGUCAUAGUUCUACCUGUUACUUAUGCUUAUAGUUGGGAAAAUCCUCCUGGACUUGGCCAGACCAUUAAGAAAUGGUUUGGCAAUAGUCCAAGUUCACCUUCUUUGUUCAUUUUGGCCAUCCUUAUUUAUUUAUCUCCAAACAUACUCUCUGCAUUGUUAUUUCUGUUCCCAUUCGUUCGCCGGGUUCUUGAGCGGUCAAAUUAUAAAAUUGUGAUGCUCAUGAUGUGGUGGUCUCAGCCUCGUCUCUAUGUUGGAAGGGGAAUGCAUGAGAGCUCAAUUGCACUUUUUAAGUACACUAUGUUUUGGGUUCUCCUAAUUUUGUCAAAAUUAGCUUUCAGUUAUUAUGUAGAGAUUAAGCCUCUUGUUGGUCCAACAAAAGCUAUCAUGAAAGUUCACAUUGGAACCUACCAGUGGCAUGAGUUUUUUCCUCGAGCCAAGAACAACAUUGGUGUUGUGAUUGCAUUGUGGGCUCCCAUUGUCCUUGUCUAUUUUAUGGAUACACAGAUUUGGUAUGCUAUCUACUCGACCAUAUUUGGAGGUGUAUAUGGUGCCUUUCGCCGUCUUGGGGAGAUUCGGACAUUAGGAAUGUUGAGGUCUCGAUUCCAAUCAUUGCCAGGAGCAUUCAAUGCAUGCUUGAUUCCAGUUGAAAAGAGUGAAAAGAUCAAGAAAAAAGGACUGAGAGCUACUUUUUCUCGUAAAUUCACUGAGAACCUGCCCAACAAAGAGGAGGAGGAAGCAAGGUUUGCUCAGAUGUGGAACAAAAUAAUCACUAGCUUUCGGGAUGAGGAUUUGAUAAAUAAUAGGGAAAUGGACUUGAUGCUUGUCCCAUACUGGGCUGAUAAGGGUCUAGACCUCAUUCAAUGGCCUCCAUUUUUGCUUGCUAGCAAGAUCCCAAUAGCAUUGGACAUGGCAAAAGAUAGCAAUGGAAAAGACCGUGAACUGAAAAAGAGGUUGGCUUCAGACCAUUAUAUGCACUGUGCAGUUCGUGAGUGCUAUGCCUCAUUUGGAAGUAUCAUCAAAUAUUUGGUUCUUGGAGAGAAGGAAAGAAGGGUUAUAGAUGCUAUUUUCAUCAGAGUGGAUGAGUAUAUACAAAAUGACAUGCUGAUCAGGGAAUUGAAUAUGAGUGCUCUCCCGACCCUCUAUGAACAGUUUGUGAAUCUUAUUGAAUAUUUGAUAUCAAAUAAGGAAGAUGACAAGGAUAAGGUUGUCAUUCUUUUGCUUGACAUGCUAGAGGUGGUGACUAGAGACAUAAUGGAGGACGAGGUUCCUAGUUUGCUUGACUCAAGCCAUGGUGGAUCUUCUGGAAAACAAGAGGGAAUGACCUCACUUGAUCAACAGUACCAGUUUUUUGGUCAUCUCAAAUUUCCAGUGAAAGAGACAGAAGCUUGGAAAGAAAAAAUCAGAAGGCUUCACCUAUUGCUUACUGUGAAAGAGUCCGCUAUGGAUGUGCCAUCUAACUUGGAAGCUAGAAGGCGAAUUUCUUUCUUCUCCAAUUCAUUGUUCAUGGACAUGCCUAAUGCACCCAAAGUUCGCAACAUGCUUUCAUUCUCUAUCCUAACUCCUUACUAUGAUGAGGAUGUUCUUUACUCCAUAAAUCAACUAGAGAAUCCAAAUGAGGAUGGGGUUUCUAUCCUUUUUUACUUGCAAAAAAUCUUUCCAGAUGAGUGGACAAACUUUCUUGAACGGGUUGAAUGUGUUAGUGAGGAAAAACUCAGAGAAAGUGAAGAACUGGAAGAGAAACUUCGUUUAUGGGCAUCAUACAGAGGCCAAACAUUGACAAAAACUGUACGAGGCAUGAUGUAUUACCGCAAAGCUUUGGAACUUCAGGCCUUCCUUGAUAGGGCAACAAAUGAAGAAUUGAUGAAAGGCUAUAAGGUUGCUGAAUCAAGUAGAGAGGAAAAGUCAAAGAGUGAAAGGUCACUAUGGGCACAAUGUCAGGCAGAAGCCGAUAUGAAAUUCACAUAUGUUGUGUCAUGCCAGCAAUAUGGCAUUCACAAACGAGCAGCUGAUGCUCGUGCUAAAGAUAUUCUGAGGCUCAUGACAAACUAUCCAUCUCUUCGUGUAGCAUAUAUCGAUGAGGUUGAAGAAACUAGUAAAGAUAAAUCCAAUUCUAACAAGAUGGUUGAGAAGGUUUAUUAUUCAACUCUUGUCAAGGCUGGUCCUCCAACUGAGCCUAUUGAUUCGUCUGAGCCAGUUCAAAAUCUAGACCAGGUAAUAUAUCGGAUAAAGCUUCCUGGACCUGCAAUAUUAGGUGAGGGGAAGCCAGAAAAUCAGAAUCAUGCCAUUAUAUUCACACGGGGUGAAGGAUUACAAACAAUAGAUAUGAAUCAGGAUAACUAUAUGGAAGAAGCCUUCAAAAUGAGGAACUUCCUUCAAGAAUUUCUUCAAAAGCGUGAUGGUGUAAGAUAUCCAACAGUACUUGGACUGAGGGAGCAUAUUUUCACUGGCAGUGUUUCAUCUCUUGCAUGGUUUAUGUCAAAUCAGGAGACUAGUUUUGUUACCAUUGGGCAGAGAUUGUUGGCUAAUCCUUUGAAAGUGCGGUUCCACUAUGGUCAUCCAGACGUGUUUGAUAGACUGUUUCACUUGACUAGAGGGGGUGUCAGCAAAGCUUCUAAAGUCAUCAAUUUAAGCGAGGACAUAUUUGCAGGUUUCAAUUCAACAUUACGUGAAGGCAACAUCACUCAUCAUGAAUACAUUCAAGUUGGUAAAGGAAGGGAUGUGGGCCUUAAUCAGAUUUCUAUGUUUGAGGCAAAGAUAGCUAAUGGAAAUGGUGAACAGACAUUGAGUCGCGACAUUUACAGGCUGGGACAUCGAUUUGACUUUUUCAGAAUGCUGUCUUGCUAUUUUACUACUGUUGGUUUCUAUUUCAGUACCUUGUUAACUGUGCUCAUAGUGUAUGUAUUUCUUUACGGCCGCCUUUAUCUUGUUCUUAGUGGACUUGAAGAAGGGCUGAUUACUCAACCAGCUAUUAGAGACAACAAGCCUCUUCAAGUAGCUCUUGCUUCUCAGUCAUUGGUGCAGAUUGGGUUCUUGAUGGCCUUGCCAAUGAUGAUGGAAAUGGGUUUGGAAAGGGGAUUCCGUAGUGCAUUAAGUGAUUUCAUAUUGAUGCAAUUACAAUUGGCCCCUGUAUUUUUCACAUUUUCUCUUGGAACAAAGACUCAUUAUUAUGGAAGGACAUUGCUUCAUGGGGGUGCACAAUACCGAGGUACUGGUCGUGGUUUUGUAGUGUUCCAUGCCAAGUUUGCUGAUAACUAUAGGAUGUAUUCCCGCAGCCAUUUUGUCAAAGGGAUUGAACUGAUGAUUCUGCUACUUGUGUACCAUAUUUUUGGACAUUCAUAUAGAGGUGUAGUUGCAUACAUCUUAAUCACUGUAUCCAUGUGGUUCAUGGUGGGGACAUGGCUUUUUGCUCCUUUCCUUUUCAAUCCAUCAGGGUUUGAGUGGCAAAAGAUUGUUGAUGACUGGACGGAUUGGAACAAGUGGAUAGAUAACCGUGGAGGUAUUGGUGUGCCUCCAGAAAAAAGUUGGGAAUCCUGGUGGGAAAAGGAACAGGAACAUCUUCGAUAUUCUGGGAAGCGCGGUAUCAUUGUGGAGAUAUUGUUGGCAUUGCGCUUUUUCAUCUUUCAGUAUGGCCUUGUGUAUCACCUCAGCAUCAUUAAAAAUACCAAAAGUUUUCUGGUUUAUGGUGUUUCAUGGCUUGUUAUCAUUGUAAUAUUGUUAUUAAUGAAGGCUAUGUCUGUUGGAAGGAGAAGACUGAGUGCAAACUUCCAACUAUUGUUUCGGCUAAUAAAGGGCCUCAUAUUCGUGACUUUUGUUUCAAUAUUCAUUACUUUGAUAGCACUCCCACAUAUGACACUUCGAGACGUCUUGGUCUGCAUUCUUGCAUUCAUGCCUACUGGAUGGGGACUGCUACUGAUUGCACAAGCUUGUAAGCCUGUGAUACAAAAUGCUGGAUUUUGGGGAUCAGUACGGACGCUAGCUCGUGGUUACGAAAUAAUCAUGGGUUUGCUUCUAUUCACACCUGUUGCAUUCUUGGCUUGGUUCCCAUUUGUUUCCGAGUUCCAAACACGUAUGCUGUUCAACCAAGCAUUUAGCAGAGGUCUACAGAUUUCCCGUAUUCUUGGUGGACACAGGAAAGACCAAUCCUCCAAAAACAAAGAGUAAAUGGAUCACAAACAGAGCUGCUUAUCAUCAAUGGGAAUUUGCAUCCAUUUCCAUAGUUAUUACCCAACACAUAAAAAAAUCAAGUUGUAUAUAUCUUUGUAUAGGUCUUGUGGAUAUUAUUAUGUUGUACACUAAAAUGCUUUAAGAGUUUUUAGUAGCUGUUGAUCAUAGGACAUCAGGAUUUAUACGAGUUGCAAGAAUGCUAUAGUCUAUUUCUUCGAGUAGGAUGGAUGUACAUAACGUGUGCGUAUGUCUUUGAAUUUAGCUGAUGAAGGACCAGUGAAGCCCAUUUUCUAUA